AUGUACUGGGCCGCCAUCGUCUGGGUCGUCAUCUACUGGGUCGCCAUCGUCUUGGCCGUCAUCUACUGGGUCGCCAUCGUCUGGGCCGUCAUCUACUGGGCCGCCAUCGUCUGGGCCGUCAUCUAUGGUCCGCCAUCAGCUGGGCCGCCAUCUAGUGCGCCGCCAUCGUCUGGGUCGUCAUCUACUGGGUCGCCAUCGUCUUGGCCGUCAUCUACUGGGUCGCCAUUGUCUGGGCCGUCAGCUACUCGGCCGCCAUCGUCUGGGCCGCCAUCAUCUACUGGGCCGCCACCGUCUGGGCCGCCAUCGUCUUGGCCGCCAUCGUUUUGGCCGUCAUUGUCUGGGCUGUCAUCGUCUUGGCCGCCACCGUUUGGGCCGCCAUCGUUUGGGCCGUCAUUGUCUGGGCCGCCAUCGUCUUGGCCGCCACCGUCUGUGCCGCCAUCGUCUGGGCCGUCAUCUACUGGGCUGCCAUCGUCUGGAUCGUCAUCUACUGGGCCGCCAUUGUCUGGGCCGUCUUCUACUGGGCCGCCAUCAUCUGAGCCGUCAUCUACUGGGCCGCCAUCAUCUGAUCCGUCAUCGUCUGGGCCGCCAUCGUCUGGGCCGAUAUCAUCUACUGGGCCGCCAUCGUCUGGGCCGCCAUCGACUUGGCCGCCAUCGUUUGGGCCGUCAUUGUCUGGGCCGACAUGUAUGUUGACUUUCCUUCCCGCAUUCAAUUAUAUUAAAGACAGAUUCAAUACCAGAACAUCACAUUGAGCAGGAAUCUGAAAGUAUAGGCUAUUAUUCUGUCAGUGAUCGGGUAUGUGUUGACUGCCACACUCACACACAGAGCAUGCAGUGCAGGAGGUGAUGCUGUGGGUUGUUUGUCUUCUGUUAGAAGUAUGGGUCAACACAAAGAAUCAACACUUUGUCAAGUUUCAUCCAUCAACAGAUUCUUAUAUCGUUUAACUACAAUUUAACCUCUGGUAUGUAACUCUGCUGUGUUGAAAUAACUAAUCAACAUAAACCAAUUGAAGAUGGAAGUGGUUUGAUUUUUGGUCAGUGCAUCAUCGUGAAUGAAGAAGUCAGCGCCUGUUGCACUAUCAAAUAUAUAUAUA